CUGCUGCCCCAGCUGAAAUAUCUUUAUAUUAAGAAAGCACGUUCGAUCAAAACCAUCGGACCUGAAUUUCUUGGCCCCCAUGCAUCAUCAGCAACGACUUCAUUUCCCAAGCUUGAAGAGCUGCAACUUCACUUGAUGGACAACUGGGAAGAAUGGUCGUUUGGUACGGUGCAGGGGGUUGAUGAAGAAAGAAGAGGAGCCCCAAGUUGCUGCCUCAUCUUAAGUGCUUGUAUCUUGCUGGUUGUCCCAAGCUGAGAGCUCUUCCUCCACUGGGCCUGUUGCCCCAGCUAAAAUACCUUUACAUUGGUAGAGCACAUGCGAUCAAAACCAUCGGACCUGAAUUUCUUGGCCUCAGUGCAUCGUCAGCAGCGACUUCAUUUCCCCAGCUUGAAGUGUUGUAUUUUAGGGAGAUGGACAAUUGGCAAGAAUGGUCGUUCGGUAUGGUGGAGGGGGUUGGUGAAGAAAGAAGAGGAGCCUCCAAGUUGCUGCCUCAUCUCAUGAAGUUGAAACUUCUGGCAUGUCCCAAGCUGGGAGCUCUUCCAGAAGGCCUACGGCAUGCCACCAAUUUACAAAAAUCGAGGAUCAAUGGAGUUUGCAACCUAAAAGAAAUCAACAACCUUCCCUCAUUGAAAUCUCUGAAAAUAGUCGGUUGUCCGAGGUUGGAGCACGUGGAGAAUCUUGAUAAGUUGCAAUACCUGAGAGUAGAUUUACAUUCUCAUUCCAUAGAGACAUCCACCACCGAUGCUGAUGGACGGACAGAGCGCCUCCCACAGUGGUUAUUGGAGCUACUCCAAAAUGCUCCCGCUACUAUGCAAAGUCUCAAAAAAUUUCGACUAACAUGCAGCUUAUCACUCCUUAGGACCUUCCUCAAGGACCGCCCCAACUGGCCCUUCGAUACACCAAAGAUCCUCCGUCCUUCGAAACCAACGUGGUGGAAUCAGAAGAAUCGGUGGAUUGAUAAAGCAAGGUUCCACAUGCAUCCUCUUGUCAUUGAGAUACCAAUGCUCGUGUUCCCUUUCUCGAGGACAGAGGAUCGCUAGGUGCUCAGGAUUUUCCCUAUCUUUCGCUUGAUGCUUUUUUUUUUCCCCUCCUUUCAUGGUUCCGUCGUUUGAUUUAAACCUUUCUGUUGGAUUUUAUUUUGCCUUCUGUAAUUUCUAUUUCCUGGAGUUCUGAAUGCAUUUGUAAUUUCCCUUUCAUGUUGUUUUGAUGACGUUAUCAUUUGCUGGUGUGUAACUUUUAGAAAUUUGUAUGCAAUAAAUGAAUAGUUUUUCUCCC